CGUACAGUCCUUGCCUGCACUGCAUUAUUAUAGCUGUGUACAAGGCAUACAGGCAUCACUAGAGUAUGGUAGUAGUAUAAAUGUAACUACUACAUGUAUCGUUUCCUUUAGGGGCAAUUUUGUAAAUAAAUAGUCUACAGUAAACUCGAUGACGGUUCCACUAUAGCUGGAGCCUGGAGCCAGCUAGCCACCAUCCACCAUCCACCUAUCAGACGGCUCAGACUAACCAUGCCUGUUGGGUGUUGGCCCUAACCCGCCCCCGCCCGCCACCGGUGAUCUCCAAUUGAAAGAUCCAUCCAACAGCCAGCCAGCCAACCAGCAAUGGCAACGGUGAUAUCCAAUUGGGAUCGGCACCACCGGCGCCUCCGCCUCCAAAGGCGUAGCUUCUCCUUCUCCUUCUCCAGGAGAAGACUUUUGCGCUUCCUUCUUAUUGCUCUCGCAACUAUUGCCAUCCUUCCUCCUCUUUUCUUCCACUUGAGCCUUCGUCGCUUCCAUCAGAUUCAAUCAAAAAAGUGCGAUUGGAUGCAGAGGCCUCCUCUUGUGUGCGCCCAUGGGGGUGACUCAACCAAGGCCCUCCCAAAUACAAUGGAUGCAUUUAAUAUUGCUUUGAGUUCUCAAGUAGAUUGCAUUGAGAUUGACGUAUCUCGUUCCUCAGAUGGGGUUUUGUUUGCUCUUCAUGACAGGGAUCUACAACGAAUUUCUGGGAAUAGUUCUUCUAAAGUUGGUUAUUUAAGCAUGAAAGAGAUCGCAUAUCUGACUCAUGCUAUAAAUAUUCUAACAAUUGAAGAUGCAGUAAAGUUGGUAGCAGGUUCUGUUAGGCAGGUGAUUCUUGAUGCUAAAGUUGGCCCUCCACUAUAUGAGAAAGGAUUUGCCAAGGAUAUUCUCUCUCUGGUUGAAAGGACAAGUUGUAAGAAUUGCCUUAUAUGGGCAAAAAGUGACAGUCUAGCAAGGGAUGCAAUUAAAUUAUCCACCCAUACAACGGUGGGGUACAUAGUAAUGAUGGAUCCUUCAACUGGAACUAGGAGCAAACUAUUGAGGAUGAGAGGUGCUGAUGUGGUUGGUGUGUACUAUCCUUUGAUUGACGAACAACUGGUGACAAUCCUCCACAGGAGGAAUAAGAAGGUAUAUGCAUGGACGGUUGAUGAGGAGGCUGACAUGCAGAAAAUGCUGUUGGAGCGUGUGGAUGGCGUGGUCACAGGCAAUCCUACACUGCUACAGCGUGUUAUGGAAGAUGCGAGGACGCAAUGCUUUGAAGGAGGUUAUUUGCUGCCUUCAUGACUGACAGACAGACACAGACAAUACGAAUGCAUGGACCGACCAUCUUCUUCUUGUGGGAAAUCCAUCGUCUGGACUGGCUUAUACAGAAAUAAUAACAAUAAUAUCCAGUAUGGAAUGUCUUUCAGUUGAGAAAAAGGGCCAAGACCAAGUGCCUGCCGCUGUCUGGGAAUUGUUGGUUGAUGUUUCUA